AGCGGUGGAAUCGUUUUUCCGGAGCGAUGCCGACGUUAUCGAGAAAGUAGCAUCUCUUUUCCCAGUCCCACCGCAGUCGACGGGAAGAUUUGCGCAAACCAGCGUCUGCGGGGGAGGGGAGGCGCUGGAAGCCUCCGAAAUAUAUCAGGAAAACAACGAGGAAAGCGUGAAAGGAAUACUUUUAGAAAUACGAACACGUGGAAGAACGACGGAGACUUCCCUUAGACUGAAAUAGCUGCUAAUUUAAAAGAGUCAUAUACGGGCUAUAUAUGAUUGUCUCACAAUUGUUAGCCUCAACUUUAGAACUCAAUUGGAGUAGGCUGUUGGUGAUAUUACGAUGAGCUCUCUCUGUCGGCGCAUAUCUAUGUAAAACUCUCAUUUUAUCGCCUGGAAGUAGCUGCGCACAACAUUUAGAAAAAGAGAAAAGGGUCAGUAUGGAAAGUCCUGGUAGAAGAACGGAGGCGUUGAGGUGGACAUUCAUACGGGACUCACUUCUACUUUGUCUGUUCGCUGGCCAAAGUGAGGCUCAGUGUGAUGGCUGUGUGGAUUACUGCUGUGAAGGCAACCCGCCUUUCUGCUGCUCUUACUACGCUUAUGUGGGGGAUGUCUUGUCGGGCACAGCGAUCUCGGGCAUCGUGUUUGGCGUGGUGUUUCUGAUGGGAGCGGUGGCAGCCUUCUUCCUUUGUGUGUGUAUGUGUGUGAAGAAUGGGAGAGGGGCACGUGUCGGGGUGUUCAACACCUCUUAUAUCAACACUGUGAGCCAGGGCUACCCAGGACCUCCACCUCCGUACUCAUAUGAUUACGAGAUGUACCCCCCGGCCGUGUGCCCCCCUCCCUAUAGCCCCACCCCACCCAGGACAGACAACUACUCGCCACCCCCUCCGUAUCCUGGCUGCAAUCGAAAAUAAGCCGGCCCUCUGACAUGACUUGAAUAAACAAAGAGCAGAAUCCCUUGACCCUAAAUAAAAGUGCACAGAAUGGGUUAUGUGGUGGACUUGCCAAGUACACUGCACAUAUUGCUGUUUGAACUUUUGGAUCACCUAUCAUGACUCUAUGGACUGGACCAUUUUUACCUUGUCAUGUGGGUGUGAUUUGGAAUGUUUUCUUGCUUAAUGUUGUUGGGGAAGAACUUCUGUGAAUUGCCUAAAAUUACAGAUUGAUUCCCUUUUAACCAUUUUAAGUGAGAGCAUGUGUCGAUAUACAUUCCCCUAAAGGAUUAUUAGGAACAGCUGUUCAAUUUCUCAUUAAUGCAAUUAUCUAAUCAACCA